AUGUCGAGCCAUGGCAAGGGAGGCAAAGGGCUUGGAAAAGGUGGAGCUAAGCGACACCGCAAUGUCCUGCGCGACAACAUCCAGGGCAUCACCAAGCUUGCAAUUCGGCGCUUGGCCCGCAGAGGAGGCGUAAAGCACAUAAGCGGCCUCAUCUACGAGGAGACUCGUGGAGUACUCAAAAUCUUCAUGGAGAACGUGAUUAGAGACGCUGUUACCUACACAGAGCACGCUCUUCGCAAGACUGUGACUACUAGGGACGUGGUCUACGCGCUUAAGAGGCAGGGCUGGACUUUGCACAGGUUUGGUGGUUAG